GCUCCUCCUGAUGGGGGCCCAGGCCUGAGCAACAGCCAGGAGCUGGACAGUGGGGUGGGCCGGACUGAUGAGAGUACCCAAAACGAAGAGAGCUCUGAACACGACUUGCUGGGGGAUGAGCCCCCCAGCACCACCAACACCCCUGGGAGUCUGUGCAAGUUUGGCCUGCAAGGGGAUGCCCUGCAGAGCCGGGACUUUCACUUCAGCAUGGACUCUCUGCUGGCCGAGGGGGCGGGGCUGGAAGGGGCUGACCUGCCCAGCCUCACUGAUGAGGAGUAUGAUCGCUACCGGGAGCUGCUGGAGAUCAAGUGCCACCUGGAGAAUGGCAACCAGCUGGGCAUCCUCUUUGCCUGGGCCUCCAGUGGCAACAGCGCCCUGGAUGUCAAUCGCAAUGAGAGCCUGGGCCACGAGAUGGCCAUGCUGGAGGAGGAGCUAUGGCACCUGGAGUUCAAGUGCCGCAACAUCUUGCGGGCACAGAAGAUGCAGCAGCUGCGGGAGCGCUGUAUGAAGGCCUGGCUUUUGGAGGAGGAGAGCCUCUAUGACCUGGCACCCAGUGAGCCCAAGAAGCAUGAGCUAUCUGACAUCUCUGAGCUGCCAGAGAAGUCAGACAAGGACAGCACCAGCGCCUACAACACUGGGGAGAGCUGCCGUAGCACUCCCCUGCUCGUGGAGCCUAUGCCCGAGAGCCCCCUGAAGCGAUCUGCUGCUGCU